AUGAACGUGUUCCUGGUUAAACCGUGCAGGAUGCGCGCUGUCUGUGCGGAUGCUGCGGUGCGCGUGGCAAGAUGUGAAUCGGAGGCGUCUUCGCUCGCUGCUGCGGUGGGAAUCGGGCGCCGGGAGCCUUCCUCGUCGCGAGCUGGGGAGGAAGCAAAGGCUUUGAGCCCCUCCCAGAGCUUUCGCCUCAUCCUUGGGAUUGUCAUCCUGCCAACAGUCGCCGAGGAGAUGGGGACGGCAACAGCCGCCUUCCCGCGGGGCUGUUGCUGGCUUCCCGUUGGCGUCACCACGGUGUCACCGGCACCAGGGCUGGCCACGCUUCAGGAGCCGCCUCCAGAGGUGCGGAAUGGCCACAUCAAACGAAUCACAGACAACGACAUCCAGUCGCUCGUGCUGGAGAUUGAAGGAACCAACGUCAGCACCACGUACAUCACAUGUCCCGCUGACCCAAAGAAGACCCUGGGCAUCAAACUACCUUUCCUAGUGAUGAUCAUCAAGAACCUGAAGAAAUACUUCACUUUUGAAGUGCAGGUCCUAGAUGAUAAGAAUGUGCGCCGGCGUUUCCGAGCCAGCAACUACCAGAGCACGACUCGGGUGAAGCCCUUCAUCUGCACGAUGCCCAUGCGGCUGGACGAUGGCUGGAACCAAAUCCAGUUCAACCUCUCGGACUUUACGCGUCGAGCUUACGGCACGAAUUACAUCGAGACCCUGAGAGUCCAGAUCCAUGCCAACUGUCGCAUCCGACGGGUGUACUUCUCCGACCGCCUUUACUCCGAGGACGAGCUCCCCGCUGAGUUCAAGCUGUAUCUGCCUGUCCAGAACAAGGCCAAGCAAUAACAUCAUGUUGGGAAGCGACGCAAGAAAUGUUUGGGGUCAGUAGGAAAAGAGAAGCCAGCUGAAAGAGAAGGCCCUGCUGAAACCAAGUUUUAGAUCAACUCCCCUUGCCCAGGGGCCGUUUGAUUCAUCUGGGAUCCCUCUUCGGGAGAGGACACAGUUAACCAUGUAACCGGUGUGGGACUGUGUUGUUGGUGUGCGAGUGGUGCAGAAUCAGAGAUUUCCUGGCCAUUCCUAAAAUGUUGAGUCCAAGCAAUGUGAGUGACAUGGUCCCUAAUCUCUUGUGUUGCACAGAAGGGGCACUGGAAGUGUCCCCUGUCUCUCUGAAGAGAGGAUUCAGCAGGGAUUACAGGGUUAAGUGUGCCCUCUUGAAGAUACCAAUUUUCUUUUCCUUCCCUGGUUUUCCAUCUCUUAUUUUAUAUAUGCUCUAAAUAUGGAUGUAACGCUUGCUCUUGGAAAGUUAUUAAACCUUUGAAUCUGUUUGUAA